GGCGCACUGAGCCGAGCAGAGCGAUGAAAUGCUCCCAUCGAGGAGAACACAGAUGGACAGCCUAGUUCAGCCGCUCGUCGCCCAGUACCUCGCCAUGGGAUGCCAAUCAAAAGAAAACAACCAAAGCGAAAGUAUAACGUCGGACGAAAAGGGAAAGGACGAUGCGAGAGCGACUCCAGGAUGCAGCUCCAAGUCUAGAGUUUCUCCUCCAGGCCGCCCUCACAGGUUCCACAAACCCAGCCCAGCCCAAACCGCCCCUACAAAAUCAAUGAUGUCCCUGGGUCCCCUCACCAAAGGGGGGAGCUGGGAGGACCUCAUCCAGGCUUGUCUGCAGUGCUUUGACUCUGAUGGUGCUGUGUGUGGAAGCAGCCACCUGUUGAACAUCACCCUGACCAUGCAUCGUAUCCACAUCUCCUCCUGUGAUCUGCUGGACAAACUCACCACUCUAUUCAAAACAGCGCUGGACAAUGAACAGCCAACAGAGUGCCAGAGGAUAUGCUACCUCAUCAGGUAUUGGACACAGGAAUUCUGGAUGAUGUUCCGGUUGCACCACAGCUUGCCAGACAGCCUGGACCAGUUUCGGGAGCUGAUCAGAGAGCAGGGACAGGAGCAUCUUUGCUCUCUACUCGAGACCAAAUGGAUAAAUGAACGGGACUGGUCGUGGAAGGCCAGCCAGAAGAUCAAAGCUAACAGCAGUAAAAAAAGGAAGGUCUCUCUUCUUUUUGAUCACCUGGAGCCCUUUGAGCUGGCUGAGCAUCUCACCUUCCUGGAAUUCAAGUCUUUCUGCAGGAUAUCAUUUGUAGACUAUCAGAAUUACAUUAGAAGCUGCUGCAUGAAGGACAUCCCCGUGAUGGAGCGUUCCAUCGCCCUGUGUAAUGGUAUCUCCCAGUGGGUUCAACUGAUGGUGCUGAGCAGGCCGACAGCUCAGCUGAGAGCUGAGGUUUUCACCAAGUUUAUCCACGUGGCAAAGAAUCUCCAUCUCAGGCACAAUUACAACACACUAAUGGCGGUGGUGGGAGGGCUUUGUCACAGCUCGAUCUCCAGACUGAAGGACACCACCUCACAUGUACCGAGUGAGGUCACCAAGGUACUGAAUGAGAUGACAGACCUGCUGUCCUCCUGCAGAAACUAUGACAACUAUAGACAAGCUUACAACAGGUGUACUAGUUUUAAAAUCCCUAUUCUGGGCGUUCACCUCAAAGAUCUGAUUUCGGUCAACGAGGCCAUGUCAGACUAUGUGGAGGACAACAAGGUGAAUGUCCAGAAGCUCCAGGCACUCUACAGCCACAUUAAUGACCUGAUCCAGCUCCAGCAAAUCCCUCCCAUGCUGGACGUGAACAAGGACCUGGUCCAUCUGUUGACGCUGUCCUUGGACCUUUACUACACUGAGGAUGAGAUCUAUGAACUGUCCUACACCAGGGAACCAAGGAACUGUAAAGCACCUCCAGCCACCCCCUCUAGACCUUCAGUGGUUGUGGACUGGGCACCAGGAGUGGCUCCCAAACCCGAUCCCCGAACCAUCAGCAAACAUGUGCAGAGAAUGGUGGAUUCCGUGUUUAAGAACUACGAUCACGACGAGAACGGCUUCAUCUCUCAAGAGGAAUUUGAGAAAAUUGCAGCUAGCUUUCCGUUUUCCUUCUGUGUCAUGGACAAAGAGAAGGAAGGCCUCAUCAGCAGAGAGGAGAUCACAGCCUAUUUCAUGCGGGCAAGUGUCAUCUGCUCCAAACUGGGUCUUGGCUUUGUCCACAACUUCCAGGAGACCACUUACAUGAAACCAACCUUCUGUGACAACUGCUCAGGAUUUUUGUGGGGUGUCAUCAAGCAAGGCUACAGAUGCAAAGACUGCGGGAUGAACUGCCACAAGCAGUGCAAGGACCAGGUGGCGUUUGAGUGCAAGAAGAAUGCCAAAGUGACCAACGCCAUCGACAGUCCAACACCGAGCUCAACCCCUGUCACCACAGGCACCUCAGAGGGUUCGGAAGAAUGUCCUUUCCCCUACCCGCCAGAUGACAGCAAAGACUGGAGCCCAGAAUCACCAGACCCCUCCUAUUCGAGGCCUCGGAGGGUCCAUAGUGCCACCCAGACAGAAGGACUCCAACUGCCCUCUACAGGCCCUGAGGCCAGCUGCCUUCAGCCUUCUCUUCUGGUCCCACUGACACCCACACUCACCUCAUGUCCCAGCCCGGUGCCCCAGAGAAGACACUGUGCCAAGUGGGAAAACAGAGCAUCUGUUGCACAAAAGCCUAAAGAGCCAGAUGAUGAGAACAAACCCACCUAUGAAUCUCUGGAAUCAGAGAACCAGAGGCUCCAGAAAGCCAAUGUGACACUACGUAGGAAGCUGAAGGUGGCAGAGCGGGAGGUGGAGAAACUAAAGACACUGCUCAAGAGGCACGCUCUCCAUCCUGUGGAGGAGGACUCCUCCUCCUCCUAGACACACACUUACACGGGACCUCCUCAAGGGAGACUGCUGCUGCCCCCUUAUGGCAGCAUGUAUAAAUCUGGAUCCAAUAAGUUAUUGGUCAUGACAGGGCAAGUAUUUUACAAGUCUGACCCAACAAAUUUUGGCUUAAGGUGGUGUAAAGUAGGAUAUAAUGCACAUAGCUAGUCAAAAAUGCUAAUGCUAUACAGUCAAACUUAAAAGCCAUCACCAAUAACAAGGUAAAGAACCUUUUUGACAUACAUAGUGCAGAAAAUGUCAUAACAAUACUGUUGUGUAAUAUUUAAAGAAGUUUCAAGUUGGGUGAAGGAGCCCUUCUACUGUGCUGUACAGUUUACAGAAGAAUGACUGUUGCGAUGAGCAUUAUUUUUUAGUGAGCCAUUAGGAGCUGAAAAGGAGUUCCCUAUGUUUAAGGUAAACAUAGAAAAGAAAUAUUGAAUGAAGGAGUGCAGUAUUUUAAAAUAGCGCAAAAUGUGUUUGAUCAGUUCUUGAUCAAUAAUGAGACUAUAUAUUUAUGUUAAACAUAAAAUGGAAAUCGGAGGAAAACAAGACGUCUUUUGUGAUUAUCAAAGGUGCAUCAUCAUUAUUAUUAUUAUUAUCAAACACAAGGGCCCACUGAUUAUAGCAGUAGAAUGAAGGUUAAUAUUGUUGAUAUUUAUUGUUUCAAACACUACACAGGUCAUGUAGGGAGUGACAGAAAUGAGCAUUUUGUACAGCAUACUGGUACUUUCAGUGAAACUAUUUAUGCUUGUGUGUGUUACUUGGCAUCUUACUGACUGACUUUUUAUUUUCAUUGUGGAGCCAUGUUACCUUAUUGUUUUGUGGCCCGUGGUGGGAAUGUUGUACUGUGAGUCAAGCUACAUGUGUUUGUAAUGCGUGUAAUGAUCUGUAAAUACAAAGUAUACAUAGUGCCAGCUCAAUUAAGUCAAGGCUCAUCCUUUCUCUCAGUAUUGUUCUCUUAUUGUGAU